UAGCCGGAAGAGGAAGUCGUCUGCGCCGUGGCGUCGCUGUGUUUUGGCAGCGGCUCCUGCGUUGCCGGUUGAGGGCCCAGGGACACCCCCAUGUAAGGAUGGUGUGUGAAAAGUGUGAAAAGAAACUCGGCAGAGUCAUCACUCCAGACACAUGGAAGGACGGUGCCCGGAACACCACAGAGAGUGGUGGGAGGAAGCUGAACGAAAAUAAAGCUUUGACUUCGAAAAAAGCAAGGUUCGAUCCAUAUGGAAAAAAUAAGUUCUCCACUUGCAGAAUUUGUAAAAGUUCUGUACACCAGCCAGGUUCUCAUUACUGUCAAGGCUGUGCCUACAAAAAAGGCAUCUGUGCAAUGUGUGGCAAGAAGGUUUUGGAUACCAAAAACUACAAGCAGACUUCCGUGUAGAUAUGUCGUUGAAGAUCCUGACUCUCUAGGAUUAUACUUUGUGCUUCAACUUUUCAAGGCAUAGCGUGGAUGUCCAUCUUACAAAAUAAUCUGAAGAUGAAUGAUUCAGUCUGAAGCAGGGAAGUUGAUCAGUAUUGAUUUGUCUGCUCUCACAAAGUUCUGAACAGCAAUGAUAUGCCCAGUUUUCUGCCUUAAGUGGUUAUUUUCCUUGUGAGCAUUUUACAGAACUAGAUAAGAGACAAAAUUAAUGAAUACGCACUGUACGCACUGUCUACUCAACAUUAUCCAUAUAAUUCUUACCCGAUCCAUGCAUUUUAUUUAUAGUUAUUGCAAACGUGAAAUUACUGAUCCUUUGCUCUGAACUUGACAUCCAGACCUCAGAUUUCUCAUUUAUUCACAAACGUCACAGUUCUUAGAAUGAGCAGCACCUUAGUUAAGUGCAUUUUCAUGAGCUAUAAAUUAUUGCAGAGUGGUUCCCUAGUGACCAGUCCUGCCCCAAGUCUAAGACAAGUUGCAUUUUUUAUUUAAAUUUGCUGUUGACACUAAAGUCCAACUGUGACUGAGAGCCAUGGGGCCCCACUGUCCAGGCAUGCACUGAAGUUCAGAGACGUGCAUUCCAUCAGCAUUAUCUUAAAUUCAAAUGAGGGUGAAUUUCUUCUGUUUUGGAAUGCUCUUUGAAGCAAGAAACAAAUCUUUCCUUAACAUCCCUCCACCCCCGCUGCCACGCCCUCAGAAAUAAAGCAAGCAUCCUGG